AUGAGUUCACGUAUUCGAAAACCUGCACAAACAUCAACUUCCAAUAGUCCAUCAUCAACUUCAUCCAGCUCUAUAGCAUUAACACAAUCCUCAAAACUAUUUUCAUUCAAACCUAUCCCGCAUCUUAUAAUAACAUUAUCACAAAUAAUUUUAUCAACACUCGCACUUUUUCAAUUGCCAUCUCAUAAAUUACUGGAUGAUCCGGUGAAAUCUUUGGAAUCGACGGUGAUAAUAUUGGCCAUAGUUCAAUCAUUGAUUGAGGUUGCCCGAUGGACUGUUUUGUUGGAUGAUGGAAGUGAAAUUGGUGAUGAUGUCAAUGCGAAAAGUUCAAAAACUUCUAUGGGAAAAAUUCGGUAUAUGAUAGAGAAACGGCAGUGGUACUUUGUUAUUGCGGUAGGAAUUACACUACUCGGGUCCUUUGCUUUUCACUUAAUUGCCGUGCUUUUUGGCGCUCCCUUAUUCAGCCAAAUAGAAAAUACGUGGUUAUUUGCAAUUUAUGUAUCACUGCUAGCGAUAUUCCCAUCUGCAUGCGCACUAAGAGAAAAUGGUCCAGCAUGGGCAAGAAUAUUUUCGGAUAAUAAUCCAGAGACAAUACCAGAAAAGUCAAUUUAUUAUCCUACGGUGGCUACAGUGGUGGGCGCUUGGUUGGGUGCUGUUGUGAUACCGUUGGAUUGGGAUCGUCCUUGGCAGGUGUGGCCCAUUCCAUGCGUGAUUGGCGCAUUUUUGGGACAUGUCAUCGGUAGCUUGAUAGCAUUUAUUGCUUGCUACUUCAAUGUCGAACGUGCCGCGGAGAAAAAGAGAAUUGAGUAA